AUGACCUCCUCCGCUACCUGCAUCUUCUGCAAGAUUAUUAAGGGUGAUAUCCCUUCCUUCAAGCUCUUUGAGAAUGCCAAAGUAUACGCCUUCAUGGAUAUUCAGCCGCUGAGCCGUGGCCAUGCGCUCGUUAUCCCCAAGUUCCACGGUGCUAAGCUCACCGAUAUCCCUGAUGAGGAUCUGACAGACAUUCUGCCCGUGGCAAAGAAGAUCGCCCAGGCCGUCGGUGCCAAGGACUUCAAUAUUCUGCAGAACAACGGUCGCAUUGCCCACCAGGUUGUUGAUCAUGUCCACUUCCACAUGAUUCCCAAGCCCAACGAGGAGGAGGGUAUGAGCAUCGGCUGGCCCGCAAAGAAUGCUGAUAUGGACCAGCUGAAGGCAUACUUUGAGGAGGUCAAGGCUCAGCUGUAG